CCAGUUACUCAUGUUCAGUUUGUUGCCAUUUUCUCACAGGUUGAUAGCUCAUACGACAAGGGAGAUUACCAGAGAGCCUUAAGCCGCUCAAACACUGCCAAACGGUUGAAUAUCGUCUCUAUAAUAUGUGGCGUGAUUCUUAUUGCUGUGAUAGCCUUUGUACGAAUGACGGCAAAAACCACUAGUGUUACGUACGAUACUUACAACUAGGAUUUCCAACUAUCAUAUGAACCUUGUUUUUGGACAUUAAUACCAGCACGUAUCAAACACGAAUUUUAAAUAGCACUGUCUUAUAUAGCAUUAUAUUUAUUCCUGCUUAGAAUUUAUAUAAAUUAAUAAACGCAUUUUGAUUUUUUCGCUUCUAAUUUGCAUAAUUUAAUAGAACUGAACACCUAUCGAGACGAGUAAUGAAAGUACAUGUAGUAAAAUUAAUAAGGGCUUGGGAAAUAGUUCCUGGCUGAAUCACAAUUGCGCCAGCCAGUUCAUAAGAUGUAGCCAUAAAUAAGUUGAUAAAUAGAUAAGUAACAAAAAUACGAAUAACCUAAUUCACAUAUUUUUUAAAAAUAUUUGAAAGCUGAAAAAAAAAUCAGCUAAGGAAGUUGUGCACCAAUCUUGCAUUAAGAGUACGCCCUUUGCAAUGCAGUUGGGGUAAGACGCAUCUUAGCUAAGCCGCGUCUUAUUUUACACGAAAUGUGCCGUUUAUACAGAAAGUUCGCGUCUUAUUUAAGACGCGUCUUACAUAAGACGCGUCUUAUUUUUCCUCGUAUAAAUGGCCCUUAUGUGUAAUGCGCGUGCGUGACCCCAAAAAUGAAUGAACUAUGUUGAGAGCUAUGUUAAUGGCUCCCACAUUGUUGCGCUGUGCAUCGGCGAUCAGGGAACGAAAGAAAUGUUGAGGGUUAUUGGUUCAAGAGUUUGACCGGUUUCAAACUCCCAACAACACGCAACAACAUGUAACAUGGUGUAGAAACGGACGCAACAUGCAACUCCCAAAAAUAUUGAGAAUUGUUGGCCAACAAUGCUGCUACCGUUUGCAAAUAGCUUUAUCUUAGAAAUUGUAUCCGCAUCGGUUUUUAAGGUUCAUAAGGUUUGUGUGACUAACCGUUCCAAAAGGCCACAUGACGUUUUAAUUCGCGUCAGAAUUCAUCGUUUAGUUCAAAACAGUCUAUAUUUGUGCAAAGGGACGAACUCGUAUGAGGAGUCAAAUGAGAAGUCUGGCGCGAUGGUUAAAACGAAGCGUGAGGCUCGAGCGCUUUGCACGAGAAACUAAAAACUCAAGCCUGCGCAUCGCGCCCGAAUAUACUACAUUCAGUAAAAAACAACACCAGCAACAGCCGUGAUGAGGACGAAAGAAUGAACCAUACUCCUAUCUAAACGAGCCAUUAAACCAUUCGAUCUUAGCAAAACGCGUUUUGAAGCUAGUCGAACCGUUUUCUAAUCACUGUUUGGAUAUAAAGGACUAAAACGUACCAAAAAGGGGUAUACAUGUCGUACUGACUCUUUUUUGGCCGAUGUAUUCUUGUGUGGAACAAUCUUCCAUCUACCUGUGCUACGGCUCCGUCUUUGCACGUGUCAGAAUCCACAGCCAAUACCUAUCUGUCAUCACCUACUGCCUAAUUGUGCCAAUUGAAAAUAACCCAUAACAAGUAAAAGUUUUUGUUUUCACCCAGUCAAAUCCCUCGCGCACACCUAGAAUACAGUGGCACGGUGACGGUUUUUUCUUGAUUAAUUGCCACAAAAUCAGUCCUUAACAAAAGCUUAGUAUGGCAAAAAAUGAUCUCAGUUUCUUUUUUUCAAUCCGGGAACAUUAUUGCCCUUGCACUGAAACAGAAUCAUCAAUCACUUCAUAAUAAGCAUUUGCCUCCCGUUACCAAGGCUUUGGUGUCUUGCCGACCAGGAGUAGACGGAUUUUUUUUAAGGGUCUUUUCCGCGUUCUCUAGCGGCUCGCUUGGCUCGCCGAAAUGGAAAUCAGGGAGAACUUCCUUGCAGGCUGUUAGGUCCUAGUGGCAAACUCCCAGAGAAAAAAUGAUUACGUACCUAUAAAUCGCCAUCAUCCCCAUUUUAAUCAAUUGUAGAUUUUGAUUCUAAAAGUGCUGCAAGAUCACAGUGACAAACCGUAUACAGCUAUUUCGAGAAAGGUUGUGUGCUGCAAAAAAGGUGUGCUACACGUGCAAUUUGUUUUCUUGUUAAUCAGAUUUUUAUUGCCGUCUCCGUUUAGCAUUACACGAUUUAAUUUUUUUUGCUUAUAAGUAUUAUUAACCAGAGCUUCGCUUUUAGCCCUGGCUAAAUCUAUAUAUUAGGUUUCUUCAUUAUUUUGCUGUAGGUAUCAAUUGGCAGUGUACAUCUUGAAUCCAUCACACAUUAGUUAAAAUUGGUUGAAAAUCAGUUUAUCACAAGAGGUGGUCUCACAAUAUUAAUAAUAUUAUAUGAGAAAUAUAGCUAGACUCUGACUCGUUUAGUACUUAGUGUAUGUUGUGUUCAUAUUGUCUGUUUGUUCAGUCAUUAUGCAUGGACUCAGUCGGUGGGAACUAACCUAAAUAAAGAGAAACGCUUCAGGCUUUUCAUAGUUUAUUUUUAACCAUUAGGUUUUGGGAUUUGAGACAAUACACGACGUUCAUUGUGCAUAUGCAUAUUGUCACCCUUCACAGUGUUACGAUCAGUUUGAUUCUGUUUUUAGAUGUAUUAACGCUGCCUCCUCGUGCAGUAGAAUACACCCGGGAUUUCUCUAAGGUAAGGAAAAGCAAUCUUUUUAUUCUUCCGAAGACGAUUUCUUCGUGCUUUGACCUUGUAUGUCAGCAAACGCGAAUUUCAACGCUUUCACUUUCACGCUUACUUCUGAGAAAAUUGUUUAAGCUUUUGCUUUGCUAAGCAAAACCUUGUCAAUAAAAGUAUGAAGCAUGUUAUACAAUAACAUGUCAUAUACCAAAUACUACAACUAGCUAAGAUCUAAAAUAUAUGUAUUGAAUUUAAUUUGAGUCGAAUCAAGUUCGUCAAGUUCUUUACAGGACAAAAAAUAUAACGGGGGUUAAAAUUUCUUAUAAUAGUGUUCCAGUAAAGCCUAUAGAAAGAGUGGUAGGUAGAUAAUCAGUUAAUUAAAGGCACGAAAUAAACGACAAAACUCGCUCUCUGAAGUGAAAACAUUUGGGUAGCCGAAAGAAUAUUAGCAUAAGUAACAUGAACAAGCCGUUCUAAAAUCAGAGUGCUUAUACUUCAUGUAAGAUAAAGUAUAAUGCCUUAAAGCACAUUUUGAACUAAAAAACUCUCCCAAAAGAAUUUUGUUCAGCUCGUCCAGUCGUUUGCGGUUUAAACGUUCCAAAUUUUUUUCUUGCAAAGUGAUUAAUUUCGCACCGGCCGACACAUACAGGCUAAGACAGCAAAGCAGAAAGAUGCUAUCUCAGCAUUAAGAAUAGCGUUUAUCACCUCUUUUUCGCGGUCUGGACAGGACUAGUCUGGACUGAAAACUUGAGUAGACUUUAUAAAUCAUGGAUUAAAAUAAAAAUAUGAAAUGAGGAAAUUAACAAUUAUUACAAAAUACAUUUUUAACCAUUGACGUGAUCACAUCUCUCUUUUCAAGCCUCCUGAUAGCAUGUAAAAUGUAUCAGAAACUGCUAACAGAAAAAUAUACAACCACAGCAACAACCCUUUGACGAAUGUCGGAUCUUGUGCAGAUCUUAAUACCUUUUAGAAAGCAAAAACUGAUCUAACAGCAGACGACUGCGUGAACAAAUUCAAAAAAAGCUUUAACCUAAAAGAAAGUGUGUUGCUACCGGAUGCGUACUACAUGUAUUGCGGAUCUAUGCUAUGUGCUUUGUCACGUGAUGUAAGUUUUGUCAGUCUUAAGUUUGAGUCACCAAGGUAGUUUUUCUGAGAAUGACUUGUUGGAUCCUGUUGGAUCCUUCCUUCUAAAAUCUAACCCCAAUUUCUGAGAUCAAGCAAAAUCAAGCAGUCAAAACAACCCAACAUAUUGCAUGAAAGACGUAUUUUUACGCUGCAUCGGAGCAACCUCUUGGAUUGCAAUACUUUGAGAUUGAACUGAAUAGCUGCUGACAGAGUUACCCUGCUGGACAAUGCAAGAGACCAGAGCUAAUUACCAAAUGACGGCACUAUUAUCUAAUCAUCCUAUUCAAAUUUUAUCUCUAUAAUAUUUAACGAUACAUCCUUAAAUUAUCGCGUAGAGCAUGAAACUUGAGUAGGUGUCUCUUAUGUUUCUAUUUUCUAUCUCAAGAUAAAUUUUCAGGUAGAACCAGAGCCAAGCAGUGAAAAUACGAGAUAUGUCUGACAAGGUGAAACACGUUGAAGGGUAGGCCGGACAAAUGUGAUCUUGAAUGCUCAAAGUAGUAACCAAAUUAAAGGCUAGAAUAGCAAAUAAAGGCACUUGCUAAAUGUUGAGCUAGGAAGGAAGUUGACCUCAAAAAUGAUAGUUUAUUCACCUUAAAAACUUGCAGCCAAAGGGCUGAAUUGCGAUAAGGUUUUCAAAUCAGUAAUUUACAACUGAAAUAAUUUACAACUAAUAAAAGGAAGAUGAUCCGGCAUAAUUUACAAUUUUAAAACUGUUUCAAAAUGAGAAAUUCAUAAGCAUGCGUCAAGUUCCCAUAUACAAGGAACAAAAUUAUAUCUUACUAGUUCUCAACUACUGUAAACAUAACUUAAAAGAAAACUAUUCUUGCAUCUUUCAGUUUUACACUUUGGACCAAUAAAUGUUCUGUGUUCUCUCAGAGAGAAGUUUGGCUGAUAUUUACUUGGAAGUAGUUUGUGGAGACUGAGUGUGAGACUGGUUAGAGCAUAUUUCAUCGAACAACAAUUGCCUCUAGAGCCUACGCAUAUCAUAGCUCAGGGUGAAUAAUCUUCAUAGCGCGUUUUUGAGUCCUUCUAGGUCUUCGCUUAAUAACUUGGUAGAGCGCGAUGAAAAACCUUUCUGACUAGUUCUGACAGAUGGACAUUCCACUUUAAAUCACUGCUAACAAUUUCACACUGCUCACAGUCUCUAGUUACUGAAGGUUAACGCCGGAUAGGGUCAAACUCUGGGCAGGCUUGUUCCUUGCCAAGCUAAUCCUGAGCUCUUUGCAUUUCCUUGUGUUUAACUGAAAUCCGUCAUCCCUUUCUUGCCUUGCGAGAUCGUCUACCACUUGCUGAAUACAACUCUCUUGGCCUUUAUCUACCGACUCAGAGAUUGUGGUAUCAUCCACAUAUUUCCACAUAUCUGCCUCUCUUGCAUUCAAAUCAUUUAUCAUUAUUAAGAAGAGCCACGGCAAAAACUUUGUCCCCUGAGGAACACCGGCUGGGAUGAAACCCACUGGGAGAAACAAUCCUGGGCCAGCUCAACCCUCUGUCUCCUAUCCAACAGAAAGUCAGCAAUCCAUCAUAAGAUGUGGCUCGGAAUAUCAUUAUCUGAGAGUUUACGCACAAAGGCAUUGAAAAGCCUCACGGAAAUCAAGUAAAACGACUCUCAUCGUGGCCGCGUUCCCAUCAGAGCUGAUCCCAUAUUGCUUUCUUGUCGAUUUUCUUUAGCACGGCCGGCAUCACAAAGUCAUGAACAACAUAAUCCUCGGCAAUCUUGGACAGGAUAGGCGUAAGGGAAAUGGGGCGAAGGUGCUAGUUAACGUCUUAUGAUAGGUCUUGGUUUGGACGACAUUUAAAGGUAGUGAUAAAUCAGUUUCUAGAUAAGUUAAGGAAAAGUGGACCCGUUUUUGGCAAGGAAAUGGCUUCCCGUGAAAAAUUUGCUGUUACAUUUGGCUGACAUUUCAGGUUUCAUUGAUAUAAUAAGUAUGCUAAUUUUAUAAAAUUUCAAAGAAGAGUAGAAGCGAAAGUCAACUGGUAACGAAUCCUUUUGAACUGAAAUUGUUUUGGAAUUUUCAAAACGCUUUCCUGUUGGUAUGACGCGAAAGAAGCCUUCCAAUGUCUGCAAAAUUCGUCAUCCCCGCGCCUGUAAUCUGACAACGGAGUCACGAAAAACUCUGGAACUUUAAGAAACGUCCAAACAACGAAAUAGUUUUAUUGAAGCAAAACAGUAUUUUCAGUUUUAAAAGUAUUUUGUCUUCCUAGCAACGCAACCAGUCAUGCCUAGUUGUACGCUUAAUUUUUAAAAAAUUAAAUUUAUCGUUAUUUUUUGAAAUAAAGGCUGUUUUGAAACAACACGUAACAUUUACUUGACAAUCCAAGUAACUGUUGAGUGGAGGACCCUAGAGAGAAUAAUAGCCCUCUAAAAUCGGUUGGCCUUUAAAAUGAAAGGUUAAGAGAGAGAAGCUAAGAGACCCAACAAAGCCAACCUCGCCAUUUUGAAACCUUGGCUACAUUAAUGAUUACUUUGCCUUAAGUAGCAGUGGAACUCUGGUUAGAAGACCAGAGCCAUAAAAAUUUGGUCGUUUUAGUUAUUAAGAAGCGUCAAUUCAGUGUGUAACCGCAAGCAUGAAUUUAUCACAUUCAAAGUAAUACUUAUUCUAAGACAAGGACUGUUCAGAUGGAAUGUGGCAAAAUCGAUGUAAUUUUUAAAAAAAAAAAAAACUACAUGACAGCUUUUUUGGUUUCAAUUUAAAUAGCGUCACACAAAAGCUUCGAGAUUCAAGGCACUUCUGCCAUCACAAAGUAAAGACUGACCCAACUCAUCAUUCUUGAUUAAAUUAAUAGUUGUCAGUUUUUCCCGGGCCAAUUAAGAAAGUUUGCUUAACCAGGGGGAAAAGUCUUGCCUCCACUUUGUUAAGUUCAGUUGUAUAUCUUCAAAAUUAUUACUGAAAGCAACUUGGGAUCGAGUAUAGUGCCUUGUGCACACGCCCGGUUUAUUUAUAGACAGGAAGUACUCUUCGCUGCCCAUUAAAUAGAAAGUUAAUCAUCUAAAAGACCGUCUUUAAUUGGAUGCAGUGAUUUCCUACAAAGAUCAUGUAGUUUUAUUUGUUUUCGACAAAGUUCACGAAACACUUUAUUUUUUAAAGGGGAAAUGGUGCCCCCACAGGCUUACCCAGGAGAGCAAGGUAAUUUUCCAGCUCCGCCUGGUUACCCAGCGCAGCCUGGCCACCCACAGCAGCCGUACCCGGCACUGUCUAGGUACCCAGUCCCCCAAAUACAGCCGUACCAAGAAAUGCAAGGACAAUGUAACACAACAGCAGUUGUAAUACCGGUAAGAGUCUUACAAACCAUCAAAACAGCCGAUGUUUUCUUUCAAAGACCAACAGGUAGAGGUACCAGGCCAUGGAUUACGGACGAAACACUGUGUCGAGUGCUAGUUUGAUAUAACUUCUAAACUAUGAAUAAAUUCGUGAAGAAGUUUCAAAGCUAAACGUCGCCAAACUUUGUGGCGCAAUCGAGGUUCGGUUUCCAUACCUCCUUCGCAAGUGCUUUCCAAACACAAAAAUUCUGAUAAGUUUGUUUGAAGUUUUGGUGGUUUGUUUGGAAAAACCCGUUGUGAUGUACAUGUACGUAGAAUCCAAUAUAGAUACAAGUAGAAUGAGACAUAGCAGAUCAGCUUCAGCUAUUUAUUAUAUAAAUAUAGGAAGACAUAACAAAAUUUAAUAUUUCACCUUUCUUCAUCAGAAAGAGUAACUGUAAUAGUUUGGUACUUUUUAUAUAGUAAGGAACUUAUUUCAUUUUUUUGUAUCAUUGUAUAGUCCAGUCAUGAAGCCGUCAUCUUACGACCAGAGGCUCCUCGUCCACAGAAUUGGCGAACCUUAUCCAUUUUUAACCUUGUGUUCUGUCUUUCGCCAAUUAGUGUAGCAGCCUUUGUCUUCAGUAGCAAGGUAAGUAUGCGGUUUUUGAUCAUUGCUGAAUCAAACCCAUGAAUAUACGACUUCUUUUUAGGAAGUCAUUUUGAGGCAGAACCUUUUCUGUUUCAGUAGUUGCUUGUUUAUUUCUUAGACACGUUUACCCAAAAUUUGGCGAGAUUUGGUUGCAAAAUCUCAUAGAUAUAAUAUGGAACCAUUCCUUUAAGAGCCCAGCUAUUGUUUGGAGGGAAGCUAUUUUUUGGGGAAUAGCAAGUUAUCCGCGCUUGGUUUCACCUCGAAUCCUCACUAAUCAUACAUGUAUGUUUUUUGCAGGUGGAUAGCUCUUAUAUUGCCGGAGAUUACGAAGGAGCAAGACGAAACUCAAAAAUUUCUUUGUGUUUGAAUUUACUUUCAAUCCUCUGCUUAGUAAGCUUGGCAGCGUAUGUAUUCAGUUAAAAAUGAGAUGUUUUUACCAACCAAAAACAAAAUUUUCUCGACAUUUUUUGACUGUAGAAAGUAGAUGAAGAAUUUUCGAUUGCAAUUGUUUAUUUUCAGCAAUCUAAGGCCAUCUUUGCGUGUUUUCAGUUUGUUAGUUUCUUGUUUUUGUUUGUUUAUUUGCCUUUUUUCAAUUGUUUUUGUUUUGCGCGUGUGUGUCUCUAUAAGCGGAUAGUGUUUUCGACUGAUCGUUUCUGCGUAUCCGUUUCUGUUUGAUUUUGAACAUUUGUAGAGGGAGUGUCCCUAGAUCAUUCAACAAUUGUUUUCCUCUUCCCUUAGAAUCAGUGUUAAGUCACAUGGAGCCCAAAUGCUUUAUAGGUAUAUCUGGGGUU